CGUCCUUUGCCGGAAGAGUCCGUGUUUACAGCUUCUCUCUCCACGUUAGCGCCGUUGGUUUGUCCAGAAGUCAAACAGCAACGUAGUUUGCGCUUUUCUAGCUAACAGUUCGACAAUUUCGUCUAUUUGCGUGAUUUAUUUUGCGCUACUUCUCCAUUAGCAUGAUUGUUUGCAGGCGAAAGGGUUACAGACACGCAUAGCGAUGACGAGCUGGCUAACGUAGCUCUGAGGUUAGCCAGCUAGUCAACUGACAACAUUAGCUAACUUCUUCUUACACAGCAGAGGAACAUACAGUUAAACAGCCACCAGCUCCGGCUAUGGGUGCGGAGAGCAGCGCCGUGCGGGGCUGCACGCUGGAGGAGCCGCUGCUGACCCUCCCCUCCGGACUCACCAUGUACUCUGCCAUGCUCCAGGAUGGAAAGCCUGCUUCCGUGUUUGUAUACAAACGUGGCAAUGAGGAUAAAGUCAACAAAGUGGCUAAGCACCUGAAAACCUUGAGGCACCCGUGCCUGCUGCGCUUCCUGUCCUGCUCGGUGCAGGACGGGGGCAUCCACCUGGUGACGGAGCGAGUGCAGCCCCUGGAGCUGCUGCUGGACAGCCUGUCACCGGAGGAAAUCUGCGCCGGAAUCUACGACCUCCUGCAGGCGCUUGUGUUUCUGCACGAGAGGGGCAAAUCGAGCCACAACAACGUCUGCAUUUCAUCUGUAUUCAUCAGUGAGGACGGUCACUGGACUCUGGGAAUGAUGGAGACUGUCUGCAAGUUCUCUGAAGCAACGCCUGAGUUUCUUACAAGCAUUCAGAGUGUGAGAGAGGCCAGCUGGGUUCCUCCAGAAGAAAAGGUUGAGGGCUUUAAAAUGCUGCCGGAUAAGAACGCUCACUCUCGGGACUGUUACUCCUUUGGAAUGAUGUUGGAGACCCUCAUCUCUCUCCUGAACGGCUAUGUGUCUCAGGAGCUGUCUGACAGUCUGAUGCAGACCCUGCAGGUCGGCCUGCUGAACUCUGACCCCUUGUCUCGACCCCCACUCAGCUCCCUGCUGACUCACGAGUUUUUCAGGAAUGACUUCCUGGACGUGAGGAACUUUCUAAAGAGCCUGACCUUGAAGACGGAAGAGGAGAAGAAUGAGUUCUUUAAGUUCCUUCUAGACCGGGUCCAGAGUCUGUCUGAGGAGCUGAUAGCUACUCGCCUUGUCCCCAAACUCCUUAACUCCCUUGUUUUCGCUGAACCCAUGGCUGUCAAAAGCUUCCUGCCUCAUCUGCUAAAGCCAAAGAAAGACUCCAGUGGUGGCGAUGGUAACGAUGAAGAAUGUCUGCUCUCUGUGCCCCUGUACCGUAAACAUGUGGUCCCUCAGCUUCUCAAGCUCUUCAAGGUCAACGAGGAACACGUCAGGAUCGUGUUGCUGGCUCACAUCCACAUCUACGCUGAGUUCUUAUGCCAAGAUGAGCUCAAAAACCACAUCCUACCUCAGGUUUUGUUAGGAAUGAGAGACACCAACGACUCCCUGGUUGCCAUGACGCUGCAGAGUCUGGCGGUGUUGGUGCCGUUGCUCGGAGCUCAAGUGGUGGUCGGUGGAGAGAGGACCAAGGUCUUUAAACGCACCACACCCAACUUCACCAGGUCCAACGAGGUCACCCCUGAAACCUCUCCUGUCCAUAUACUGGGAGGCUCCCAUCCUCAGCUGGCCCAGCCUUCCAAAGUCUUGACUUUGUUCCCCAGAACGACAGGGACGGAAGGCCCGGUGCUCGGGCACAUCGGUAACUUAAGAGCUUGUGUGGAGACUCCAAGAAGUUACCCUCUGCCUCCAAAAUCAGACGUCAGUAGACAGAUGUCUCUGCCUUUGAACGGCUUUCAUCAGGAUGCUGAGGUGGAGUCGUUCAGCCCGGAGAAGGCUGUCAGACUGACAGAAGGUCCAGUAGAGGACUGGCCCGACUGGAGCAACCCUCAGGAGAGCGAGAGCAGGGAGGGACAGUCGGUCCGGAUCCACAUCCAGGCCUCUGAGAUAGGAGAUCCGGUCAGCAGCAGACUGCCGCUCUCCAGCGUGGAGCAAGAGCCGUGGGACGACUUUGAGGACACCGAAGCCACCUCGGAUCUCUCCCCCACUGCUCCUUUAUCUGUUAUACUAACCCCACCCAGAGGGGGCGCUACCAAACCUGUACUACACGCUCCUGAAACCCUGAAACUGGCUCAAUCCAAACCCCUCAAACUGACUCCAGCACUGCGACCCUCCGCACCGAGCAAGACCUCUCCCUCCUGGGACGAAGGCUGGGCUCAAGAGGAGAGCGACCUGGACGUAUCGCACCACUCGAAGCCUGCAUCGUCAAAGAAGAGAGGUGGGGGAGGAACUUUGGGGGAGGAGUUCACAAUUAAAGUGAAGAAAAAGGAGCAGCCAGACCCGGAGCUGGAUCUGUUUGCAGACAUGGUGCCGGACAUCAAGCUGUCCUCUGCGGUCCUGCUGAGUGAGGCCGAACACACCUCCUCUCUGCAGGAGGACUCCAACAUCGACACUCUGACACUCACUGCCAAGUUCGCAGUUGCCAACCUGACGGAGACUGAAGGGGAAGGCUGGGGAGACGGAGAGGACCUGAACUGGGAGGAGAGCGCCUGGUGAUGGUGUCGUCUGGAGCGAAAAGACAUGACCGCUUCAAAACUCAAAUCUUGAAAGUGUCUCCAGGUCUGUUUGAACAGCAUGAGGCAGUGAUGACGGCUGAGACUUUUUGUAGCCCAUCCUGUUGGUUCCUGGACAUUUAUCAUCAGCCUGUUCAUUCAGAGAGCAUUUGAACUGGAAGCUGACCACGUUGUGCUUGACUUGGACAAAUGAAGCCAUUUUUUUUUAUUGUUUGCCAACUGAUACGAGUUACCUCGAGUCAAAGGAGUAUCGGAAUCAGAGGUGAAGGUCUUCUUUAUUUUUUUUCAUCUGCUUCUUAUUUUUUUUAGGUGAUGAAAAUGAAGAUAUACUUUAUGGCAAAACAAUACUCGGCCAAAACGUGUCAGGUUUGAUUUACAAAAGGCUUGCACUUUGAAUGAAUGUGAAACAGAUAUUACGUAAUUUAUUAGCUCUUUGGUUGCUGCUAUGACCCUGUUCUGUUUUAUAAGACUUUUUAUAGAUAUAUCUUAUAAAGUAGGACUGUUGGCAGCACGUUAUUUAAAGACACAGUCAGAAAACACCUCAAUAUGGGAACUCGAUACAGGACGUCAGUGAAGACUCCUGUUUGACUUAGUGCUAAAUAAAUACAAGUGAACAAUUAUCUGUAAUCAAACAAGUUUAAUAAACAACAUUAAUCAACAACAACAGGUUUAAGAAGUGAGACUUCACAGCAGCAGAGAGACGAGUUCACAGACGGUUUAAAUAGUUUUUCUAUAUCAAUGAAGUAAAUACAUCUGGGGCUAGCUUGUGUGUCUGGCUGUUUGGAUGUGUGUGAUGAUGGUCUGGAGCUCCUGCAGUCUGGACUCCAGCCAGGGUGGAGGUGGUGUGGCAGAGGUGGCGGUACUUUCUGUGAGAGCCUGCAGAGCUUUCAGAGCGUUCUCGGCUGUGGUGACGUAGCGGCUGAACUCCUCCUCCGCACAGAACUCCUGCCGAGCUUUCUUUGGACACGGCUGAGAGAGAGGAGAAACGACAGGGACGUCAGACAUCCAUUUAUGAAAUCACAACAUGAUUUAGUUUGGCAUGAAUCGAGGCAGAAUCGCUUGUACAUAUGAAAUUGUGACUUGCUGAGCAGGACGUUAUGUAAUAAAUUGACAGACGUAUUUUGCUAAAUAAAAAUACUAUUUUACCGUG